AUGGCUUCUCCUCUCAAGUCCCUCGUUCAUGAUGACGAUGGUUAUGAUAAGUCCUUCACCGCCAUCGGGGAUGGGAAAUCAAUAAACAUCAUUGGACUUGGGACUGGAGAAGGUAAUUUCGACAUGGAGAUUCUCUCCCAGCUGCGUGUGAAGCACCCAGGGGUGCUGCUGGAUAAUGAGGUGGUGGAGCCAAGCACACUUCGGAUUCUCAGAUACAAAGAGAGGGCGGCUCAGAUGUUCCACUUGGACCCUGUAAACUUCACCUGGAACCAGAUGACGGCCUCUGAGUUUGAGGAGCAGUGGAGACAGAGAAAUAUCACCAAGAAGGUCGACUUCAUCCACAUGCUCCAUAUGUUGUACUAUGUUGAGGAUCCUGGAGCGACCCUCAGAUUCUACCAGAGCCUCCUCAGGAAGAACGGCAAAAUUCUGAUCAGUUUAGUGUCAGUGUGGAGAUGUGGCCAAACGAGACUGUGUAAAGUUCUCCAUAAUCCUCCACCUCCAUCCAGUUGUUGUUAUGGAAACGCUCCCUGGGUGGAGGUGGCCCCCUCCAAACUGCUCUGCGCCAAAGUGACCCCAAGUGAACUGUGCCAGUGGAAACAAGGCUUUGGACUGUGA